CCCAGCCUCUCCCCACAGUCUCACCAUGGCCCGCACCGUGGUGCUCAUCACCGGCUGCUCCUCAGGCAUCGGCCUGCACUUGGCCGUACGUCUGGCUUCAGACCCAUCCCAGAGCUUCAAAGUGUAUGCCACGUUGAGGGACCUGAAAACACAGGGCCGGCUGUGGGAGGCGGCCCGAGCCCUGGCAUGCCCUCCAGGAUCCCUGGAGACGUUGCAGCUGGACGUAAGGGACUCAAACUCCGUGGCCGCUGCCCGGGAACGCGUGACCGAGGGCCGCGUGGACGUGCUGGUGUGUAACGCAGGCCUGGGCCUGCUGGGGCCGCUGGAGGCGCUGGGGGAGGAUGCCAUGGCCUCUGUGCUGGACGUGAACGUGGUGGGGACUGUGCGGGUGCUGCAGGCCUUCCUGCCAGACAUGAAGAGGCGCGGUUCGGGACGCGUGUUGGUGACCGGGAGCGUGGGAGGAUUGAUGGGGCUGCCCUUCAAUGAGGUUUACUGCGCCAGCAAGUUCGCGCUCGAAGGCUUAUGCGAGAGUCUGGCGGUUCUGCUGCUGCCCUUUGGGGUCCACUUGAGCCUGAUCGAGUGCGGCCCAGUGCACACUGCCUUCAUGGAGAAGGUGUUGGGCAGCCCAGACGAGGUGCUGGACCGCACGGACAUCCACACCUUCCACCGCUUCUACCAAUACCUCGCCCACAGCAAGCAGGUCUUUCGCGAGGCGGCGCAGAACCCUGAGGAGGUGGCGGAGGUCUUCCUCACCGCUUUGCGCGCCCCGAAGCCGACCCUGCGCUACUUCACCACCGAGCGCUUCCUGCCCCUGCUGCGGAUGCGCCUGGACGACCCCAGCGGCUCCAACUACGUCACCGCCAUGCACCGGGAAGUGUUCGGCGACGAUCCGGCAAAGGCCGAGGCUGGGGGCGGGGCCGGGCCGGGGGCAGGGGCGGAGGCCGGGCCCAGUGGGGUGGGGGACCCUGAGCUCGGCGAUCCUCCGGCCGCCCGGCAGUAAAGGCUUCCUCAGCCGCUGUCUCCCGCGCCCUUCUUUGUCCCCUGGGUCUGUGUGGUCCCUGGGGAUGGGGCGGCGGUAGCAGCUGUGGGUGGCUAAUUAAGAUAGAUCGCGUUAGCCAGUUUUACCAGCGCAGCGAGGCGCGAUGGCUGUCGCCUGUAAUGCCAGCGCUUUGGGAGGCGGAGGCAGGAGGGUCGCUCAAGCCCCGGAGUUGGAGACCAGCCAGAGCAACAUAGUGAGACCCCCAUCUCUACAAAAAUAAAAAAUUUAAAAAUCAGCACAGUGGCAGCAUUCCUUGAGCCCAGGAGUUGGAGGGUGCAGUGAGCAUGAUGGGGCCACUGCACUCCAGCCUGGGUGACAGAGUGAGACCCUGUCAAUUAAUCAAAUCAACCAACCAACCCAACAACCCAGAAACCAAGGUCCAGAAAGAAGCCAGCCCAGGAUCACACUUUAAGUCCAUAUUAAAGCCCAGACACAGUCUCUGGAUAUCCAAGGGGCAUCUGCAGGAGGAGUUAGGUGGGAAUUGGCUUGGGAUAGAGUCAGGUUGUGACUUGGACCCCAUUAACCAUGAGACCUCAGGCAAGUUCCUUGCUUUCCCUGAGUCUUUCUUUUCUUUCUUUCUUUCUUUUUUUCUGAGACAGAGUUUCACUCUUGUUGCCCAGGCUGGAGUGCAAUGGGGCAAUGUCGGCUCACCACAAUCUCCGCUUCCCAGAUUCAAGUGAUUCUCCUGCCUCAGCCUCCCAAGUAGCAGGGAUACCGGCUAAUUUUGUAUGUUCAGUAGAGACAGGGUUUCUCCAUGUUGGUCAGACUGGUCUCAAACUCUCGACCUUAGGUGAUCCGCCUGCCUCGGCCUCUCAGAUUGCUGGGCAUACAGGCAUGAGCCACCGCGUCCGGCCCUCUGAGUCUUUCUUAUCUGUAAAAUGGGUAUAAUAAUACCUAUCUAAUGGGUUUUAGUAAUGGUGGAGAUAAUGCCCGAAAGUGCUAGUAUAGAGGUUUAAUAGCCAGCAAGGACUGUUAUUAGAAUGAAUAGUAAUAUGACUACUGUCACAUUUUGGAAAUGUGUAAAGAAGAAAGAGGGCUAAGUGAAUCAAAGGGAGACAGCCCCACUCACCCUGUUCUGCCCCAGAGGACUGAGAGAUUCCCACCAUCUGGGAAGCUGCCGCACGAGGAGGUCCAGCUGGGGCUACAGGACUGGCUACUUUGCUACAAUGGCCUGUCUUUCCUGAGCCCAGUGGAGGGUCCCAGGGGGGCAGGAGUCAUUGAUAGGGGCCAGUAGGGUUGUAGAGCCACUGUCUGAACUUCUGUGGAGGUCUGGUGCGGGGAAGGAGUGAACAGAUAAGAGGCUAGAUGAGGAUGCAGCAGAGGAAGGGGGCAGGAGGGCCCCAGGAGGGGGCGGUACCGAGGCAGGGAUUCAGCUGGGUCUGAGAGGGAGGGAAGGCUGAGGGGGAUGGCCCUUUGGAGUGCGCAGGGACAUGACCACAGAAAGCCUGGGAAGUGGAAACAGGAGACUGCUGGAGUUCUUGGAGCUUUGUGUGGGGCACUGGGGGAAGGAGGCAGGCACUCCACCCUGACCUGCCCCUACCUCCGGAUGAAGGUCGUCUCUGCCUGUUGGAUGAUGUGCUGUCCCUGCUCUUGGAGGAAGAGGCCUCCCAGCCACCCCCUCCUGCCAGUCUCCUUGCCCUGCUGACCCAGACAGAUCUGCUAUCCCUACAGCAUCCAGGAAGGCCACAGGGAGGGGGCCCAGGUGGCAUGGGUUUCUGAGGCCUGGGAUCUGCUCUCAGUCCCGCUCUCGCCAACCCCCUUUGCCCCUCUGUGACAGUGUGUGUACAUAUGCGUGCAUGUGUGUACCUGUGUGGUGUGGCUCACAAGGUCACCCCUGGGGGUGGGAUAAUAAGAGGUAAAGUGUGACCCCCUCUCUUCCGUACAUUCAUACUUUUUUUUCAAGCUUGUGAAUAUUCACAUUGUUAAUAAUCUUCUGCAGUUCCAUGACUUCAAAUAGCACUUAGAUGCCGAUGACCCCCCACCAAAGAAACCCCACUGUCUCCCACAGACUCCAGGUCUGUAUCUCCAACUGCCUCCUCAAUACAACACCUCCACCUGAUGCAAUGAACUUAAUGUGUCUAAACCCCAAUUCCACAUUUCCAGUCCUCCUACCGGCUCCUCCCCCAGUCUUCUCUACUUUACUAUAUGACAACUCCAUUUUUCCCAAUACUGGUUUUAAAAACCCUGGAGUAGUCCUUGACUCCAGUCUCUCUCACCUUUCAACCAAUUCGUCAGCAAAUACUGACAGCUCUACCUGUGCUCAUCAAAGCAUAUUCCAAAAUCACCCUAUUCCAGAGUGCACACCGUCAUCUCUCCCUUCAAUUACAGCAGUAGCCUCCAAACUAGUUUUCUUGAUUCCACUCUUGCCCAUCAGCAGUGAAAUUACCACAGUGCAUUUAAAAUGAUCUUUUAAAAAUGACAGGGCUGGGCGUGAUGGCUCAUGCCUAUAAUCGUAGCACUUUGUAAGGCUGAGGCGGACGUUAUUGCUUGAGAUCAGGAGUUUG